GCUUUGAGACCUGUUUGUAUGUCGCGUAAAAGCCUAUAUGAACCUAACUCACAAUUUAUAUAAUAUACUAUGCUUUAAGCAAUUUAUACUAUCAUUUAUAUACACUUAUUAACUUAUAAUAUCUUUAAAUUAUAGUUGUUUAAGUUAAUAGAUUAAUUAAUUUAAAUCAAAGGUUGUUAAUAAUACUUAAAAUAAAAAAGAUAUGAAUCACAUUUUAUCAGUACGAAUGUAUAGUUCUGGUACUGUAUCUGCAAUACAAAAAAGUGCAAAAUUAAUUAGAAAUGAAUUUUUGGACUAUUUUAAAAAAGAUUUGGGGCAUACUUUUAUUCGAUCAAGCCCUGUUAUUUCAUAUAAUGAUCAUACAAUAGCAUUUGUUAAUGCUGGCAUGAACCAAUUUAAAGGAAUUUUUUUAGAUUAUUACAAUCCACCUGCAAUGAAAGUUACAAAUUCACAAAAAUGUAUAAGAAUCAGUGGAAAACAUAAUGAUCUGAAUAUAGUUGGAAAUGAUAGUUAUCACCACACAUUUUUUGAAAUGUUAGGAAGCUGGUCUUUUGGGAGUUACUUUAAAGAAGAAGCUUGUCAUUAUGCUUGGAAUCUAUUAACGAAACAUUAUGGUAUUAAUGAAGAAUGUUUAUAUGUAACAUAUUUUGGUGGAGAUGAAAGAUUGGAAUUGGAACCUGAUUUAGAAUGUAAAGAUAUUUGGUUAAGUAUAGGCAUUAGGGAAGAUAAAGUUCUUCCAUUUGGGUUACAAGAGAAUUUUUGGGAAAUGGGUAUUUCAGGACCAUGUGGUCCUUGUACAGAAAUACAUAUAGAUCAUACAAAGCAAUUAAAAAAUCGGUGUAUGCAAAUUAACAAGGGUUACACAGAUCUCACUGAACUAUGGAACAUAGUCUUUAUACAAUAUGAACGAUUAUCAAAUGGUACAAUAGUACCUCUACCAAAACAUUAUGUUGAUACAGGCAUGGGAUUUGAAAGACUAGUUGCAGUAUUACAAGGAAAACAAUCCAAUUACGAUACAGAUAUUUUUCAACCAUUUUUUAAAACUAUUCAAAAAUAUACAAAAGCACCAGAAUAUAAAGGUAAAUUUUAUAAUGACAAAAAUGAACUUGAUAGUGGAUAUAGAAUUUUGGCAGAUCAUAGCAGAAUGAUUACUGUAGCUUUAGCAGACGGAGUUAUACCAGAACAAAGUAAUAAACUUAGGAAAAUAAUAAGAAAAUCAAUUGAUGUUAGUGAAAAAGUAUUUAAAAAACAGGGAAUACUUUCUGAACUCUCAUAUAUUGUAGUAGAAAAUUUAGGUGAUGUUUAUCCAGAAUUGCAGGAAAAUUUAAAAAAGGUGCAAAAGAUAAUAGAAUUUGAAGAAGAAUUAUAUAAAAAAUUAAAGCAUACUUGUUGUAAACAGUGGACAAAAAUUGUUAAAACAUAUCCUCAAUUGAGUUCGAUUACUGAACAACUGACUCCUGGACUUGGAGAUGGAUACAAGUACCUUCAACAUGUACUUAAUAACUUAGAAGCAAGUAAUGUAUUAUCAGGAAGUGUUGCUUUCAAGUUAUAUGACACAUAUGGUUUAAGUAUAGAAACAAUUACUGAAUUAGCAAAGAUUGAAUCUCUAUAUUUUGAUAAAGUAGCUUUCCAGAAAGAAUUAGAAUGUCUCAAAAAUCGGUCUAGAAUCGGCCUUGAAAAGAGUAGUAUAACAGACAUAAAGAAAUCUUUAGAAAUACUUGAAGAAAAUUGUAUACCUAAAACUGAUGACAGCUUUAAAUAUAAAUGUGUUCUUAAUGGAAAUAAUUAUGAGUUUCCUAAAAUUGAAAGUAAAAUUAUGGCAUUAAUUAUAAAUGAUAAUACAAUAAUAAACAAAGCAAAUGAAAAUACAAACAAAAAUAUACAUUCAACUGUUAAUGAGACAAUUACAAAUUACAAUGCAGAAUCAGAUAAAGAUAAAAUUGGACUUAUAUUGGAUAAAACAUUAUGUUAUUCAACACAGGGUGGUCAAAUAUCAGACAAGGCUACCAUCUGUUCAAAAAAUUGGAAUUUUAAUGUAUAUGAUGUGAAGAAAAUUAAUGGGUAUGUUAUACAUUAUGGAAAAUUUGUACAAACUGAUUUGAGAAAAUGGAUUGAAGAACUAAACAUUAAAGAUGAUUGUUUGGUUUCCAUUGAACCUGAAUUUCGUAUAGGAAUAAUGCAACAUCAUACUGCAACACAUUUAUUACAUGCAUCAAUACAACAAAUUAUGCAAGCAGUUUAUUUGCGGAAUUCUACUAUUAUUCCACACAGCUUAAAAUGUCAAUUUAAUUCAUUUGGAGAAGAUCUUUCUUUUAAGCAAUUGAAAGAAAUUGAAGAACUUAUAAAUAAUGUUAUAAUAGCUAAUGUCCCAGUUACUACAAAAAUAUUAAAUGCUUUGGAAUUAUUAGCAGAAAGUUCUGUAACAUUAAUACCAGGAGAAAUUUAUUUUUAUAAGGAUAUUAGGCUCAUAGAAAUUAAUUUUCAUGAUUUAAGAUCAAAAGAAGCAUGCUGUGGUACACAUGUAUUGAAAACAGGAGAAUUAAAAUAUUUUUGUUUUCUCAAUUAUUUCUCAAAAGGAGCAUCAAAUUUUACUCUUGAAGCAACUGUAGGAUCACUUGCAAGGUCUGCCAAAUUAGCAGGUGAAAAUAUACAUUAUAAAAUUUUAGAUUUAGAAAACAAAUUGAAAAAUGGGAAAGUAACACGUAAAACAUUUAAAACAAUUAGUAAAGAGAUUGAGAGUGAAAUAAAAAAUGCCAAUAGAAUACCAAUACCAUAUCUCAUUAAAGAAGAGUGCUUAAUGAAAUUAAAAGAUUUAGAUAAAAUUUUUCACAUACAAAUGCAAGAAAUAAAAAAGUAAGUAUUAUGCAUAGCGAUGUAACUGUGAUUAGAAUCUAUCAAUUAAAUUUUUAUAAUAUUAAUUUCCAAAUAUCACCUUGAAUAACAUUCAUUGAAGAUAUAAUAAUAUAGGAUGUCAUAUAUUAAUGAUAAUAAUCAAGAACAGUUAACGGUAAUUAAUAAUGAAUAAAUAAUUAUGUGUAUUAGUGACGUAGUCGUAUAACGAUUAGGGUUUUGGCCGACUAGCCGAUUAACUAAUUAGUCGGCUCCCGAUUGUGAUCUCUGCUGAUUAUUUUUAAACACCGCUAUAAAUCGCAUCAAAUUUAUUAUUGUUUAAUAUUACGAAUCCAAAGAGAAAAUUUUUUAACAUUGUUUGUUGUAUUUAUUUUAUUACAUUGUGUUUCUUCAUUUUAAACGGUUUUUUGUUGUAAUAAAAUUAAGAAAUAAUAAUCAAUGUUCCUACUUAAUUGGUACCUACUUAUUUAGUUUACUGCAAUAAAUACUAACUAUUAUUUUUAAUUUUUUAUAUAAUAAUUAGGUUACAUGCAAAUAUGUACCCAUAAGUAAGUAUACUAUAUAUUAAAAAAUAUUAACAUUAUGCUAAUGACAGUAAAGAAAGUUCAUUGUAGUUUUACUUCUUUGUAUUGUGAUACUAAAAAUUUAAGGCCGAUAAAUGGCUUUUUUUACCGACUAGUCGCCAACUACAAAAGUGAACAGAUAGUCAGCUUAACCGAUUAGUCGGUACAACCCUAAUGUGUAUUAUAUAUAUGAGAGACAUCAGUUUUCAAAUGUCAAUUAAUAUCAAUGUUUUCAACGUGUCAUUAUCACCAUCAAUAUAAAUCUUGGAAAUUUUA